UUCAGUUCCUGCUCACACGGUGUGUUUGAGUGUGUGUGUGUGUGUUGUGUGGCGUAUGUAAGUGACACACAUAUUAACUUAAUUCGGUUCAGAGUGCGAUCAGAACACGAUCAGAGGACUUUAAUGAGCACGUCAGAAUGACUGUCAGCGCGAGGAGCGUCUGAUGCGCUUCAACAACACGGAACUGCCGUCACGAUGAGACAUAACGAGGAGUUCGUGCUUUAAGAGCCAAACAUGAGAUUUAACGAGAAAGAGUUGAUCUUCCUGAGCCGCCAGCCGUCAGAUAGAUCGGCCGAGCUGGGCAUGAGAGGCCCGAAGAGAGGAGACGUGGUGAAGAGGCGUCUAGUGAAACUGAUCGUGAACUUCCUGUUUUACUUCCGGACCGAUGAGGAGGAGCCCAUCGGUGCUCUGCUGUUGGAGCAGUGUCGGGUGGAGAGAGAAGACGAGCUUGUUUUCUCUAUUGUGUUUCUAGACGAGGCCGAGCGGAAGUAUUUGUUCGAAUGUGAUUCUCGGACGCAGUGUGUGGAGUGGAUAGAUGCCAUCAUGAAAUCCAGCUACGAAUUCAUGCGCAAAAACCUCAUAUUCUACCGCACGGAAAUCCAUCGAUUGACUGGCAAGGACCCUCUGGAGCAGUACGGGAUUUCAGAUGAGACACGCUUUCAGGUCAACACUGGUCUUCCUCCUCUGCAUCCACCGCUCCCGUGAACAUGAAGCCAUCGUCACUUGUUCUGCGUUAACCUGCAGUCACAUUCGUAUGUAGAUCACUGUACGUUCAUAGAGAUGACAUCACUGUAAUGGGCGUCUGCUGUGUUGAGCCAGUUGCAAUAGUUUUAUUAUUUGGGUGUGGAGGCGAGCGGGAUAUAAUGGGAAUCUAAAAUUAAUUUGAUUUUAUUUGUUUUGUGUGGACAUGCUUAAAGCUUUAGCACAUCAUCAUCUUUCUCGUUUAAGUGCACUAAACUGUGUAGUGUUCAGUAAUGGUGUGAGUCAUGGAGGGUCUGUAUUCAGGGCACUAUAUUCUGUCUGUAAGUAUUGUCAAACAUUUCUUUUGCCUCUCAUUUCACAUCACAAUCAAAGGGAAAACGUGUCUAAAAGAUUUAAAACAAUUGUGUUUUUAAGAGCACAUGGUGUCAUCUUUAUGAAAAUGAAUCACAUCUCAUUACUUUAAUGGCUGAGUAUUCUCAUUAUUGUCAUUUUUAUUUCUAUUUUUGUUUUCUAAUUGAUUUUGGGGUGAGCUGUGAGCUAGACACACUUUGUUUUAAACCUAGUCAUUUCAAAUUUGUUAGAAUUAGAUGAUGAAAUAGUUGUGUGUUGUAAAGAAGCAGAUGGAAGUAACAAUGAGUUCAAAUGUACACUAACCCCUUUAUCAAAAGAACGUGUAGUGUUCAGAUGGGUUUGUUUAACUGGUGGGAGUCAACAGCAAAAUAUGAGGAGAUGACUUUUAUUAUGUUAUCGUGGGUUUAACGCACGUUUUUCAGGACCUUGAAUAACGCAGUUCUUAUUUCUGAAUAUUAUGAAGGUUUUGUUUGCAAUUUCUUGUUCCCAAUGGCAUGAUAUGAAAAUUAUCUUAUUUUAUUAAUAAAAACAAUAUAUUCCUCUUAAAGAA